UCAUUUCCGCUUCCCCUUUUGAGCAGGCAACAGCAGUUGAAUGAGUUCAGGGAGAAAGGCAUAAUCUACAACAUGAUACUUUCUCCCUCGCUUCACCUCUGUGCCCACACCUGUGAAGGCCUUGGCCCAGCUUCGACAACUGCUUUGCCUCAAACUCAGUUUUCGACCAGCGGACAGGCACUGCUUGGGGCAUAGGCACAAAACAGACAGAAGAGAAGAGAAGUCUGUCUCAUACAUGUCCCCCAGAGCACUAAAGACAAACCUGGGACUGGGCCUUGGAAACCAAGUGUGGCAGGAGGAAGGCUGUAUGAUAUAAAGGAAGAAAGCAUGCAUCUGGAGCUCAGAACUUGACAGCAUUACUGUUACGGGAGGCUCUGAAGUCUGAGCCAGGGCCAUGGAGGCCUCUGUGCUGAGCCCCACAUCCUGGGAGAAACGGCGGGCCUGGCUCCGUCAGAGCCGUAACUGGCAGACCCAGGUCCUAGAAGAGGAGGCUGCCGCCGCCCUGCAGGAUGUCCCAGAUCCUGAGCCUUCCAGCCUGGAUGACGUUUUCCAAGAAGGGAAUCCAAUCAAUAAAAUUGAAGACUGGCUGCAGGAUUGUGGAUACUCUGAAGAAGGACUUUCUGAGGAAGCAGGACAGUUUAUCUACAGUGGCUUCUGCAGCCAUGGGACCAGCUUUGAAGAUGACUUGACCCUGGGAGCAGAGGCCACACUACUGGCCGCCAAUGGCAAACUCUUCUCCAGGAGUUUCCUCGAGACAGCCAGGCCUUUCCAGCUACUUGAUCUUGGCUGUAGUUUGGCUUCCAGCAGCAUGACUGCGGGGACCAACAAGACUAGUUCAAGCAUCUCAGAGAUUCUCGACAAAGUGCAAGAAGAUGCAGAAGAUGUCCUCUUCAGUCUGGGCUUUUGCCAAGAGGAUGACAAAGACACUUCUCGGAUACCUGCCCGAUUUUUCACCACCCCCUCUCAGGCCAAAGGCAUUGAUUUCCAGCUCUUCCUGAAGUCCCAGGUGCGGAGGAUUGAAAUGGAAGACCCCUGCCUCAUGCUGGCCAGCAGGUUUAAGCAGGUGCAAACACUGGCUGUCACAGCUGAUGCCUUCUUCUGUCUCUACUCCUACGUGUCUAAGACACCCGUCCAAAAGUUCACACCAUCCCACAUGUUCUGGAAUUGCAACCAUCCAACUGAUGUGCCAUCCAUCAGGAUUCUGUCCCGAGAGCCUGAACCCCACUCACCCAGAGACCGCCUUCGGAAAGCCAUCUCCAAGAUGUGUCUGUACACAUGCCCCCGAGAUCGGCCACCACCACCCCACAACACCCCCAGAAAGAACAGUUUGGACGAAGUUGUGUUGGAAGUGAUGGACAAAGUGAAAGAAGAGAAGCAGGUCCUCCAGCAAGACUCUGAUUUGGGACAAUUCUCACAGGAAGAUCCUGUGCCCCCUGUUGAGGGUGAAAAGCUGUCCACUUCUCCCUAUCCAUGUGUCCUCUGCUGCAAAGAGGAAACACAGCAGGGGAUGUCCACAGUGCUAGCACCAUCGCAAACUCUGGAUUCGAACCCCAAGGUACCCUGUUGCACACAUUCUCUGCCCAUAGAAGAUCCACAGUGGAGCACAGACCCAGCUCAGAUAAGGAGAGAGCUGUGUAGUCUACCAGCCACCAAUACAGAAACCCAUCCAGCCAAGGAUGAGACUUUCUGGAAAAGAAAGAGCAGAGCAAGAAAGAGCCUGUUCCAGAAGAAUCUCAUGGGCAGGAAGGUUAAGUCCUUGGACCUGUCCAUCACCCAGCAGAAAUGGAAGCAGAGUGUAGACAGACCAGAACUGCGUCGGUCUUUAAGCCAGCAGCCACAGGACACUUUUGACUCGGAGGAGGUGCAAAGCAACAGUGAAGAGGAGGAGAGUCAGAGUCGCUGGCCCAGCAGACCCAGGCACCCGCCCCACCACCAGACUUUUGCUGGCAAAGACUCGUGAAGCUUUCUCCACCACCACAACAGCAUGUGGUCUGACAGAAGUAGCUUCACAGAAGAACCUAAUUCCAACCUCUUGCAGGAAACUGCACUGCCCUCAACAUCCAGCCCCUACACCUUGGUCCUCCAAACCCCCAAAUUCUGCAGGAGAAAGGCAGCAUGGUACAUGGGAAAGAAGACCAGACUGAGUGAUUUGGAAUCUACAUCCUAAUGCUGCCACAAGCUGCAUGCACAGAAAAAGACCUUAGGCACAUCGUUUCAUUUCUCUGUACACUGGUGUAUCUACUAUGUAUGUAUUAAAAUAUAUAAUACGGACCACAGUAAACUGAACAAAGCCUUAAUUUUCUCCCAAGCUUUGACAUUGCCAAGGGCAGUUAGGAGACUUUAAGAUCAAGUUUAGGGGACAAGUUUGUUUCUAGUACUUUCAAAGGGCCCAAGCUAAGAGAGGAAGGACAUCUCACUUUCUGGCUCUAAAAGCAUGCUUCAUCUCACAGUAGGAUUCCCUCUAUACCUCUGUUCAUCCCUGUGUUCCUAACUAAAUUCCAGAAAAUCUUCCACAACACCAGAGUCCUAUCUUUCUUCUUGAGACCUCCUUUGAAGAAAUCAACUUGGAGGCUCCUCCUUAAAUCCAGUUUCUUUCUCUACCCAAAAUUUUGCAUCUUUAUAGAAAAAGAGAUAAGUAAGAUUCAGAGUCUCUUCUCCUAGCCAUUGUGGGGGAGGAAAACACUAUUUCUGCUGGCAGAAAACAAUACAAAUAAUUUUUUUUAAAUCAUGGCAUGUUUUUAAAGCUAAUUAACAGCUGUAGUUUGCUUUGGAAGUUAAAUGUUUUGUCAAUAAACAGGGCUUGAGCACAUGCAGUGCUCUCUUAGGCAGUAUGUGGUUUCAGAGCAUCUUGGACACAUUUCUCCCCUGAGAAAGUGUUAGUAUUAAUAGGAUGGGAGAAGUAAGAUAUAUGCAUUUCCAGAAGUGUAUUAUUUGGCUGCCUAAUAAAUUAUGAGACAAAAAAAAUGACAGGAAGAGAGGGACUUGAGGGAAUUUGAGGGAAAUCAUAACUAAAAGUGAAAAGGAAAAAAUUACACCAGACAUGAUAAACAGAAGUUGAUUUUGUUCUGAUGCUGUUGCCAGCAUUAGGGGAGAAGGCACAAACUAAAUCUGAUACCUAGUGAGGCAGAGACAAAGGGCUAGGGUGGAAAAAUUUUAAACCAUCUGUGUUUACUAAUUCGCCAUACCGAAAGAAAAAAAUGAACUUUCUCCUAUUAAGAUAGUUUUGCAAUUUGGAAAAAGCCCCCAUUCCAAGUUUCCUACCCUUCCCACCCACAGAAACAAGGAGACAGGGGCACAACCUUCCUUGAUGUUUGCAUUUCAGAGGUGGUUCUCAGGUCCUAGAGAAAGAUAUUCCUGAGUUGUAAAACUGGAAAGAAGCUGUGAGAAGAUUUACAUCUCAAGAAAUAGAAAGAACUACCAUACAUUUUUCUAAAGCAAAUAUUCUUAAGGGAAGUCAAGGGCCUGGAGUCAGGAAGAAACCUAUCUGGGCAAGCUGAGGGGAAAGUUAAGGCUAUCUUGGUCACGAGAGAACAGAAAGAGCUGAGAGUAUUUCAUUUAAAGAAUGAUAUAGUCCAUUCUCACACUGCUAUAAAUAAAUACCUGAGACUGGGUAAUUUAUACAGAAAAGAGGUUUGAUUAGCUCAUAGUUCUGCAGGCUAUAUAGGAAGCACAGCAACAUCAGCUUCUGGGGAGGCCUCAGGGAGCUUUAACUCAUGGAAGGCAAAGUGGGAGCAGGUAUCUUACAUGGUGUGAGCAGGAGGAACAGAGAAAAAGGGAGGUGCUAACACUUUCAAAUGACCAGAUCCUGUGAGAAGUCACUCACUAUACAGUACCAAGGGGAGAUGGUGCUAAACCAUUAAUGAAAACUCUACCCGGCAAUCUAAUCACCACCCACCAGGCCCCACCUCCAACAAUGGGGAUUACAAUUUGACAUGAGGUUUGGGCAGGGAAGCAGAUCCAAACUGUCAGGCCUCUGAGCCCAAGCUAAGCCAUCAUGGCCCCUAUGACCUGCACGUAUAUAUCCAGAUGGCCUGAAGCAAGUGAA